AUUGUUUUAUCGUGUCCAAAAGACUACGUGAAGUGAAUUAUCUCUAGAUUAAUAGAUCUUGCAAGCAUUUAAAAGAAAAACAAAAACUACUGCAUUUGCGGAAGAGUCUAGUUAUAUUUUGUGUGAUUUAAAAAAAAUUGUGAUACAAGGAACUUAAGUAAUUAUAAAUAAAUAAUGGCAGGAAGACCAAGAAGAACUCGUAUUUAUGGUGCCAACUAUAACAUUGGAGAGAGCUACUAUAAAUCAGCUCUGGACAAUCUUGAUAAGAAGCAAUUUGGAAGCUUAAAUAAGGAGUCCAGUCCAAUUACAUUAUCGAAACCAAGCCGAAAUAUGGAUGAUUUGCUUCCCUCAAACUCAAUAUUUCAAAAAGGCAUCCACGAUGAUGAGCCUUUAUUCGAUUAUAUUCCCAAGGAACCCAUAAGGAAGUCUUUACCAAUUUUCAAUGAUGAUGAGUCUGAUGAAGAGAUUCGAAGCUCUAUGAAGAGAAUAACUGAUCUUAAAAAAAGCAACCAAUCCUUUUUAGAUGACUUCACUGCAAUUAAGGAAAGAAACAGAAAUAGCUUGGAAAUUAGUCGUUUCCCAAAAGCUAAGCCCAUUCUCGAUUUUGAUGAUAUGACUAGCGAUUUGGCCACAGCAACAUCUGAUAUUUUCAAAUCUACUGCAUCAGCUACAUCAGCAUCAUCCAGAGCCAAUGCCACCAAGGAACGAUUGGCUAACAUUGAAUUUGAAAUGUCAGAAAGGAUGGAUAAGCAAGUUCAGAGAGAGAAACGAUCAACGAAUCUUAAGAAGUUCUUAAGUGAAAGUGGCGUUGAAGCAUCUAAUAAAGUAGUUAAGAAAGUUACGUUUUAAAUUGUUUCUGUAAUAAAUGAUUGAUUACUAAAAAAAAUGUGAACUUAAUCUUUGUAAAUCUUAGUAAAAGAAAAAAAAAAAUAAAUUAAAUAAAUGUACUCAGGUUCAAAAAUGGCCAAAUCUCCUAUAG